UAAUGUAAACCAACAGACAGGAUUGGCAUGAGGUGCAUACUGAAUCUACAAAACUGCAGAACAUGGAACGUCAGCCUUGUGGAAGAGGGGUGAGGAUCGGUGGAGGACGAGGACAAAACCGGGUAAGAAGAGGCCAACCACAUAGACACGUUCCUGACGAAAUCAGGGCAACACUUGUGGAUCAUGUGAUAAACCAUGGCCUCACAAUGGCCGAGGCUGGUCGAAGGGUGCAGCCAAAUGUUGGGAGAACUACUGUAAGUUCUAUUAUUCAGACAUUUCGUCGGGAAAACAGGACUGCCAGACAACCUAGAAGAGGUGGAAGAGGUCCACUUUUGACUCCGCAGCAAGAGGAAAGAAUUUGUGCAAUGGUGGCUGCAAACAACGCUUUGAGACUGAGAGAAAUACAAAGAACUGUCGUAGAAGAUGACACCAUCUUCGGAAAUAUUCAGUCAAUAUCAAUUUCCACCAUAGACAGAGUCCUCAGACGGAAUGAAAUGUCCAUGAAGCAAUUGUACAAAGUACCAUUUGAACGGAACAGUGAUCGAGUGAAGGAGCUCCGUCACCAGUAUGUACAGCAGCUAUGGAUGCAGCUUGUGAUGACAUCACAGCAGAGUCCUGCAGAGGGUGGAUUCGACACUCCAGAAGAUACUUUCCCCGAUGCAUUGAUAGAACUGACAUUCGCUGUGAUGUUGAUGCAAAUAUGUGGGCAGACAGACGGGAGCGCCUAGAUAUCAAUGAUUGAUAUGCAGCAGUGUCUGUUUUUCAGGGGGGUUUUUUGUUUCAUAACUACUGCAGUAAGGUU